UUAUCUAUGAAUGCUUCAUUCAACUGCAUUUGUACUCGCUUCGUUUACGUCGUGUUAUUGAAAAUUUCAGAAAUGUUAUUAGAUUGGACAGAUCGUAGUUUUUUUCAAAAAGAACUUUGUGUUAUGUAAAGUGAAGUGAAUUAAUGUGUUAUAUUAGGUCUUGUAAAUAGUAUUGUAAUUUGUGUUAUGUGAUUGAUAUAACGAAUCGGUGGUUCGCAAGAUGGACGAAAUGUCUAAGGGCAUGUCACAAACAGGAAGCAUCUCUACAACUGACAAAAAUCAAGAAAAUGAUGGCUCGUCGACGCCGUGUGUGUACGUCAGCGAAUCGUGCAUCGAGUGCGAACGAGUACGCGCCGCUUGCGAGCGUCUCGGCGUGCUGGCCACGGUGCGGGGGCCCGAGUCGCUGCCCUCGCUGCAGCAGCAGCCGGCGCCUCCCUCCUACCUCGUGACCGCGCCUUUUGAGGGAGAACUCUUCGAUGCAGCCCAUAAAGCUAAAUAUAGGGUGCUGGGGCCCACCGCAGUGCUGCAGCUGGCGGAGCGUGAGGAGCCGCCGCCAGCGAACGCGCGCCCUCUCUACUCGCUGGCGAUGCGCGGCGCAGUCAUAUGCUUCUCGGGAUUCCGGAAAAAGGAUGAGCUUACGUACCUGAUAACACUGAUCCACUACAUGGGCGGGUCGAUCCGCAAGGACAUGUCGAGCAAGGUGACGCACCUGAUCGCGGCGGCGGCCACGGGCGACAAGUACCGGUACGCGUCGGGCUUCGGCCUGCCCGUGCUGGCGCGCUCCUGGGUCGACGCUUGCUGGGAGCGCCGCGACGACCCCGCCUGCUUCGCCACUAACGAUGCUAUGAUUAAGGAACACAAGUUGAAGGUGUUCGCGGGCGCUCGCGUGUGCUUCGUGGGCUUCCCCGAGGACGAGACGCAGCACAUGGCGGAGGUGCUCGCCAGCAACGGCGGCGCCGCGUGCGCGCUCGACGACGCCGACUGCACGCACGUCGUAAUGGCCAAUGGGGAGACUUUCGGUCGUUCGCUUAUCCUCUCACCCCAUCUCAACACUCCUAAUAGUUCCGCCAAGCCCCUCCGAUCCACACCGAACCGAUCCCAAACCACUCCUAAGAGUUCUUUGUACCGUAGGCUCUCGGCUCGCCUCUCUGGCCGCCGCGCUAGUCCAAACAAACACAUGAAUCAAACAAACGAUGAAAAAGUACAAGAAGAUAGAGAGGAGUGUUUGCGAGUGGCAAGAGACAAUAUUAGAAAUAGUUUAUCGAACGAUAAAGAAAAAUCUCAAUCUGAGGAUAUCAGUAUUAUUAAUGUAGGAAAAUCGUUUCUUGACGAUAUGUGUUCCGAUGCUCACGACUCGAGUAAUAUAUCUAAUACAGAAACGCGAAAGUAUAAAAGUAGCAAUAAAGAGAAUAAGUAUUUAUCCCAAAUUAUUCACGGUAGUGUCCGAAACACUAGCAAGGAAAAACGCGAAGUCUUUAGAAAUAAGUCUUUAAACGUCUUUAAUAUAGUUGAUUGUUUGGCGGAGGUGGGAUCUUUGCAUUCUUCUCUAACAAAGAGCUUAUGUGACUUAGAUGCAAAAGAUGAGCCAGAUUUUCUACUACCUGUAUCGACGGCUAAUAAAGAUUUACAACAUUCCAAUACCACUAUAUCUUCUGGUAAGAAAAGAAGCCGAAAUUCGACAGAAUCAAACUUUCAAGUUAGUGCUAUAGAUAGCAACCAUUUAUCCCCCGACAAAUCUGAGGAUGUUAAUUGGAAAUCUAUUAAAAGGCUCAAAAUUAAAGACUCGUUCAAAUUUAAAACGAAACCUACUAUUUUUAAAAAAAUUAAAAAAGAAUCCGUCUCUAAAGCAUCAGGAGAUAUCACUAUAGAGGCCGUAACUCCAGAGAGUGUAAAGCCAACGGAUCCUGCGGGAGAAUUCGUAGCUUCAACAACGUCACCCAUUAGAGAAUACGACAAUACGUCCAUUUCCUCUAUGAACAUGAGUAAGCAAUCCGGGUUCUUCGAUAUAUCUUUCGCUUCCAUACGAAGUUCAAAGACUGUGAAAUCGGCGUCAAAACUAAGAAGGAGCGUGAAAUCGUUUACCUCGUCGUUUAGGAGUGAACGAAAAAAGAAAUAUGAAAAAAGAGCCGAACGCAAUACAGUCGAGGUAGACGCCAAACACUUGCCUCCGGAACUGAAAAAUGCUUCGACGCCCAAGCGAGACCUCGACGAUAUGAAUCUCGACAUCUCACCGGUGCAAGUGGACACGGUGGACAGCACCGACACGAGGACUCCGGCGAGAGACGAGGCGGACGUCGACGAGCUGGACGACUCCGUGGUUUUCAAGACGCCCCAGAGCGUGUGGCUCCGCGCCCACCGGCACUCGAUCUGCGGCGGCCCCCUCCCGCGCCCCUCCCCCUCCCACGCCCUCUCGCCGCGCCGCGCCGAGCUGCGCGCCUCGCCGCCCCCCACCCGCGACGCCCGCGCCUUGUCGCAAUGCCAUGGACUAUCGCUACCGGUGGUCGACGAACACAAUACUGUGGUCGCGCCGGAGUGUUCGCCGCGCGUCCACGUCGUCAAAGCGGAGUGGUUUUGGGCGUCGGUGCAAAACGAGGAGGCCCAAGACGAAAGAGAGUACCUAUUCAAAGACUACCUGGACGAGAUGUCGCGGCGCUCGUCAGUGGGCGGCGCGGGCGCGGCGGCGGGCGGGGCGGGCGCGUGCGAGGAGGGCGGCGCGGCGGGCGCGGCGGGCGGCACGCCGGCGGCGCUGCAGCGACUGCGCAAGCGCAAGCUGCGAGGGGGCGACGCGGCUCUCAACAAGCGCCGCUCGUCCGUAGGCGACGCCGUACUACUCAGCUUGUCCGGCAACCUGCUCGACUGCACGCCCUCGCCGGAUGGAAAGCAACUCCUCGAAGAGUCGGAAGUACCUGACAAUGUGGUGCGAAAAUUGAUGUCUCCGCGACAGCAAGUUUUUAUGGAAUUACUUCAGACGGAAUCGAAUUACGUCGGUAUACUACACACGAUUGUAAAUAUGUUUAAACAACCUUUGGAAGAAAUGGCCGAGGAGGAUAGCAGUAAUGGCAAAAAUCAAGCUUUGCUCAAUAACACAGAACUCAAAAUUAUUUUCGGCAAUCUACCGCCUAUUUAUGAACUACACCAACGGAUGCUGGAGGAGCUUCACUACGCGCAGGCGCACUGGAGCGAGGAGGUGAGCAUCGGGAGGCUCGUGCUCAAGUACACGCCUGACAUGGUGAAGGCCUACCCGCCUUUCGUCAACUUCUUCGAGAACACCAAAGAGAUGCUGCAACAAUGCGACCGUGAGAACCCAAGAUUUCAUGCAUUCCUGAAAAUUUGUCAAACGAAACCAGAGUGUGGCCGACAAAGUUUGCAGGAAUUACUAAUAAGACCGGUGCAGCGAUUACCGAGUAUAAGUCUGUUAUUAGAUGACAUUCUGAAGCACACGCACAAGAGCAACCCCGACCACGCGGCGCUAGUGUCGGCGCUGGCCGGCCUGCGCGAGGUCAUGUCGCACAUCAACGAGGACAAGCGCAAGACGGAGGGUCAGCUGCAGAUGUUCGACAUCUAUAACGACAUCGACCAGUGCCCGGCCCAUCUCGUUUCGUCACAUCGAUCAUUCGUAUCCCGCUGUGAAGUAGUCGAACUGUCAAAAGAACUUUCUGGACGAGGCGAUCACCUCGUGCUAUUUCUUUUCACGGACACGAUGGAAGUGUGCAAAAAGAGAUCAAAGGCUUUCAACAGUAAAAGUCCAACGAACGGCACGGGUACGAUGCGCAUAGGCUCCAGCAAGCCCUACCGACACAUCUCGCUCAUGCCGCUCAGCACCGUCAAGCGCGUCGUCGACAUACGGGAGGCGGAGGAUUGCCACAACGUGUUCGCUCUGAUGUGCCGAAGCAACCAGGAGCUGAAAGAGAAGUUAUACUCGUUUAUGAUAACUGACGAAACCGUCGACAAAUCGCAUUUCCUACGACAGCUGUGCAGGCAGAUGGCGAACACUGUCUGCAAAGCUGAUGCCGACAAAUUUCUGGCGUGUCUGGAAUCGCACCAGCUUGAUAUCGACACCAGCGACCUCGCGCUUAGUACCCUCUCUAAAGUAUCAAAGUUUGCCGCUCGAACCAGGAUUAAGCUGGAGGCGCUGGCGGGGCUGGGCGGCUGGCUGCGCGCCGAUCCGGGCGCCGUCCUGCUCGACACUUGGGUAUUGCGCGCUCACUUACUCGCACAGGUGGGGCGCGCGCUAUCUUUCAACAAGACACCCUCGAAGCUGAAACGCGCCAUGUCGUCGAUGAUCUCGCCUUUCGGCUCCACGUCCAACCUGACGCCCGCCUCGCAGCUCGCCCAGAUGAGGCUCGCCAGUUGUAACAAUAUAAACGAGAUGGGCGCGAGCGGCGGCGAGGGCGGCUCGGUGCUGGUGGCGCCGCUGUCGGUGCAGCCCACGCGCAAGGCCGCGGCCGGCGCUGCCGCCGCGCUGCGCCGCUUCUGA